CUGCGCUACGUUUUAAGCUAAGGGUAACGAAACAGACACUGGUGGUCAAUCGGGCACCGCGCAUCGCAGCACAGCGACGCGUCAUUGCACCCCCGGUUUUUAAAUAUAUCGCACGUGCUGUAACAUCAACAUCAACUAAAUGCACCGUCGCUCAAUCGUCCAAUCAUCCGCGACAAAGAAUCAUCAACCAGAUAAAUUAUAAAUUAUCCAUAACGAAACGAUUUUACUUAUUUUUUUUUUGUUUUUCAAUUGUAAAAAUACAUUAAUAUAUAUUUAUUAAAAAAAAAACAAAUAUAUUAACAUUUUUUAAUUGUGAUUUUAGUUGUAAACGUGAUGAUGAUUUUUAUUAACGGGAUAUGUUACAAGUGAAUAUUAAUUAUACAUGAUCGACGGUGAAUGUGGAUUGCUUGUCGAAAAAUUUCUAAGAAAUUAUUUCGAAAACUUUUGUUGAGAUAACUGUGAAAGUGAAAAUAUCGAAAUUUGUUUUUUUAGUGAAUUUAUAUUUUUUUGGAGCAAAGUGAAUAUUGUUUUUUUAUUUUUUCAUAAAUUCAGUGAUUAAUUUUUAUUAUUAUAAAUUUAUUUUUUUUUUAAAUAAAGAGUAGAGUGAUUUUUCUUUGGUGACAGGAUCCGGCCUGAUCACGGCCAUUCUCGACACGAAUUGUGUUAGCGUUGCCGGUGGUGGCAUCGGUGGUGGUGUAUCAAAUAGUGGUGUACGUUUUUGCUUGAAUUUACGUUCUUGUGGUACAAACAUUGUCAACGGGGGUGGUGGUGGAGGUGGUGGUGGUGUCAUUGGAAGUGACGGAGUUUCAGAUUACCCGCCAAGCGCUGCGGCUGUUAGAAAUAGAGAGGCGGCCGCGGCGGCGCUGCACGCGGCAAGAACGCUGUUAGGCGCGGGGGUGGCUAACCCUUGCUCAUCCACCCCCGAGCCACCUUUUUGGAAAAUGCCACACAAAGAGGAUGAUUUGAUGCAUGGUGGUGGUCCAGGUAUGGGUGGUAUGGUUGGACAAAAUUCAAUAUUUGGAUGUUCAGCUGCUGGACACAGUGGUGUUAAUCAACUUGGUGGUGUUUAUGUUAAUGGAAGACCAUUGCCUGAUUCAACAAGACAAAAAAUUGUUGAACUUGCACACAGUGGUGCUAGACCAUGUGAUAUAUCAAGAAUAUUACAAGUCAGCAAUGGUUGUGUCUCUAAAAUACUUGGAAGAUAUUAUGAAACUGGCUCAAUAAAACCAAGAGCAAUUGGUGGUAGUAAACCACGUGUUGCAACAACACCAGUUGUUAAUAAAAUUGCUGAUUAUAAACGUGAAUGUCCAUCAAUAUUUGCAUGGGAAAUACGAGACAGAUUGUUGCAAGAGGGUGUUUGCAAUAAUGACAAUAUACCAAGUGUGUCCUCGAUAAACAGGGUACUGAGAAAUUUAGCAUCACAGAAGGAACAACAAGCAGCAGCAGUACAAGCACAUCAAGGUGCUGAAAGUGUUUAUGAUAAAUUACGAAUGUUCAAUGGACAAGCUACUGGUUGGCCACCAGCAUGGUACUCAGCAACACCAUCACAUCAUCCACUUGCAACUGGUAUACCAACAACAACAGCACCAGGAUCAGGACAAUCAUUGAUACCAACUGGUCAACUUCAUACUCGUGAUGAUUCAUUAUUAAAACGUUCUGAUACGGUAUCACUAUUGUCACAUCAACAAGAAACAACAUCAGACGGUAAUUCCGAGCACAAUUCAUCAGGCGAUGAAGAUUCACAAGUACGAUUAAGGCUUAAACGUAAACUUCAACGUAAUCGUACAUCAUUUUCCAAUGAACAAAUUGACGCAUUGGAAAAAGAAUUCGAGAGGACUCAUUAUCCAGAUGUAUUUGCGCGGGAACGUCUCGCCGAGAAGAUUGGAUUGCCUGAGGCACGUAUCCAGGUAUGGUUUAGUAAUCGUCGUGCAAAAUGGCGUAGAGAAGAAAAAUUACGUAAUCAACGACGUGCUGCUGUUGAUCAGGUUGUUGGCGGUGGAGGUGGCGGAGGUGGUGGAGGUGGAGGAGGAGGUGGUGGUGGUGGAGGAGGUGGUGGAGGUGGUUCAUCAGCACCAGCAGCUGCACCAGCAACACCAAGGAUACCACUCAAUGCUGGAUUUAAUGCAAUGUAUUCAUCAAUACCACAACCAAUAGCAACAAUGCCAGAUACUUAUAGUUCAAUGUCAGGAAGUUUGGGUGGUUCAAUGGGAAGUAGUUGUCUUCAACAACGAGCUGAAGGUUAUCCAGCUUAUGUUUUUCAUGAACCAUUACAUUCAUUAACACAAUCAUAUUCACAUGCACAUACAACAUCAGCACAUUCACAACCACAUCGUGGUAUACCAACAUCUCAUGGUGUCACACCAACAACACCAGGAGGACAACCAGCUGGACCUGGUGGUGCAACUUAUCAGCCAACUACCUCCACUGCUACUGGAGUAAUAUCAGCAGGUGUAUCAGUACCAGUACAAAUACCAUCACAAAGUCAAGAUUUAGCUGGUAAUUAUUGGCCAAGACUUCAGUGAUCCCAGCUAUUCGGGUUUCCACCAGCGAGUUUACUCGUUGGUCAGGAAAGCCCGCCACCACAAAUUCCACCACCAUCAUCAUCAUCAUCACCAAGUUUAAUGACAAGACCUCUUUUAGCAUCACUUGGUAUACAUCAUCAUUCAUCACAAUCACCAACAUCAACAAAUCAACAAAUUUUACAUCAUCAUAAUCAUCAUCAACAUCAUCAAAGCAGCAUCACACCAUCAACAACACCAGUUAACACAUCUGACACUAGUGAGUGAAAUUAUAAAUUGGAUAUAUCAUUAUCCAAUAAAAUUCCUCAUUAAAAAAUCAUCAUCAUCAUCAUCAUAAUUAUUUAAAAUUAAAAAAACACUGACAGGGUUUUUAAAAAUACCCGGGUCACAAGUACAGGGUUUCAGAAAUUAAUAAUAAUAAUUUUAAUUAUAAAAAAAAUUAAAUAGAAUUUUUUUUUUUCUUUUCAUUUUAUAAUUUAUUAAAUCAAAAAAAAAAAAAAAGUAUAUAAAUAAAAAUCUUUUGCUGAUUGCAAUUGAGAUAAAUAAAUAAAUUUUUUUUUUUUUAUUAUCGUCAGUUAACUGGUGGUAUUCUCGCGAGAUUUUAAAAAAGGGAGCUGACUGAUUCGCGAGAUGAGCUGUUUUGGGAUAAGGGAAAAAAAUAAAUAUAGAAAAAAAAAAAAAAGAAAUGAUGGUGGUGGUGGUGAUGGAAUGAGAAGCGAGGUAUAUAUUUUGUGGGUGAAAUUGGGGAGGAUUCUUGAUAGCAUUGAGGGUGGCUUUUCUUGGGGUCGGCCAUCGCGUUUGGAUUUGAGAUAUGGCGUCGUAUCUAAACCACUAUACCGUGUUUCCACAAACGUUGAUUCAUACUACUUCAAUCUGUUAUUUAUUUUUAAAUUUUUUUUUCAUAUAAAUUUCUUUCAUUUAUUUAAUCAAUCUGGUUAAUUAUUUAGUUGAUCAAGUACAUACUUAAACACACAAUAAUAAUAAAUCAAUUUAAAAAAUUAAAAAGCGAUUUAUUAUUACAAAUAAAUAUAUAUAUAGAAUAAUAAUAAUUAAAAAAAUAUUUGUGAAAUUAAUUUCACUUUGAGCAAUAAAUUUAUUCAUUCAUUCUUAUGCAAGUACGCUUCUCUAUUUGUUAAAAUUAAAUAAAUUUUUAAAAUAAAAAAAAAAAAACAUAAAAUAAAUUGUAGUUAUUAUUAGUAUAAAUAUAAUUCGUGUAUAAAUUAAAAAAAAACAAAAAAAAAAAAUGAAAAU